AUGCUAAAACUAAGUACUAUAUUGACAAUCUGGUACGUAUGGGCCUCCCUACGGGAGAGCCUCCCGGUCAGGUCAGGUCAGCCUCGGCGCGAGAGGCGCGUUCACGUUCACGUUCACGUUCAGCUUCACGCGUCGCUGUCCAUUCAUGGUGCCUACUGCAGCAUACCGCCCAAUCAAUGCUAUGGUCUCGCUGUCUUCCUCCGACUUCACAAGUAUCGCCCACAGCCGACCUUAGGCGUCGAUUUUCUCGCCUUUUGCUGCGUUGCAACCACACUCAGCAUUACUACAUCGCCCCACCAGCGAGAGAAAUACAUUCGACAUUCGUUACCAGAGCGUCGCGGCAACAUUCAGCCCAUAUACACACUGCAAGGAAAAUACACUGGCAAACUAGCAACUCAUUGA